AUGUCCGCCAACCUUGAUAAGUCCCUUGAUGAUCUCGUCGGCAGCCGUCGCCAGACUGGUCGUCGCCGUGGUGGUGCCCGCCGCGCUGCGACCAAGCCACCUGCCGUUGGAGGUGUGAAGAAGUCCACCAAGGCUGCUCCCAAGGUUGCUCACCCAGCCCCUGUCGCCCAGACUGGUUCCAGCAAGAUUCUUGUCAGCGGAUUGCCUUCCGAUGUGUCCGAGGCCAAUGUCAAGGAAUACUUCAACAAGUCUGCUGGCCCCGUCAGACGGGUCAUGCUCACCUACAACCAGAAUGGUACUAGCCGUGGCAUCGCCUCCAUCCAAUUCGUCAGGGCAGACACCGCUGCCAAGGCCACCAAGGAACUCAACGGACUCCUCGUCGAUGGCCGCCCUAUGAAGAUCGAAGUUGUCUAUGAUGCGUCUCACGUUCCUGCUGUCCCUGCUUCCAAGCCUCUCACCGAGCGCAUUGCUCACAAGGCUCGGCCCAAGUCCGCCGCUGCCCCCAAGGCCAAGGAAACCAAGACCACCACCGACAAGGGAAACCGCCGCGGAAAGGGCCCUGCUCGCCCUCGUGGCCGCAACGCCGGCCGUGGAAAGCCCAAGACUGUUGAGGAGCUUGAUGCUGAGAUGGUUGACUACUUCACCAGCGAUGCCCCCCUGCCGACGGCACUGCACCCAUCAAUGGCACUGUUCCCCAGGCUAGCGCCAGCCAGGACAUCGGCAUGGCCGACGAGAUCUCCUAAACAGCUCAACUAUUACUUUCACUUUCCUCCAUCGCGGCUCCUGCAUGAUACAAGUUUCGCAAAUAUUCUCGGGAGUUCUUUAUGGUUGAUGCGCGGGUCAUAUCUCCUUCUGUGCUCCUUUUGUUCUGCUUCUUUUUUUUUCACUGGUUGUGUUUCUCUACUCUUUUUUUCUUUUUCUUUUGCUAGUACCAGCAGGCUUAAUUCUUUCAUGUCUUUCGCGGAAGCCGGUGGAGGAAAGCAUGUAUCUACACCCACCAUGGAACAUUACAAAUGAUAAUCGAUCUUCGAACAA